AUGAAGGAUGACGAGAUCGAAGAGAAAGACGAUAACUAUGGGAUUUAUAGUCUGGGCAAAGCACAAGCUGAGCCAUAUGUUGUUGAUGUUCUCGUGAGCAAUGAAAGUCUAAAGAUGGAAGUAGAUACUGGUGCUGCAGUUAGUAUAAUGAAUGAGGAUACAUAUACAUUACUUAAGAAAAAACACCCAAAUCUAGAGCUGAAGGAAUCAAAGGUAAGACUAGAUACCUAUAUGGGAGAGCAAGUUAAAGUGUUGGGUCAGGUGGAGACUUCGGUAAAGUAUGAAGAUCAAGAAGGCGUAUGCCGGCAUUUACUAGUCAACGGGGAAGGGCCCUAACUUGAUUGGCAGAAAUUGGCUCCAAAAGAUUAAAAUAAAUUGGAAGAAUUUAUUUCAGUUAAAAGAAGACAACAAUAUCUCAGUCAAAGUUAAUAAGUUACUUGAGAAAUAUGAGGAAGUGUUUCAUGAAGAGUUAGGAACAUUUUCUGGUCGCAAAACCAAAAUAUAUGUGGCUGAUGAUGCAAGUCCAAAGUAUUGCAAGACAAGACCUGUUUCCUAUGCAUUGAGGGGAAAAGUAGAAAAGGAGUUAGAAAAAUUGCAAGAAGAGGGAGCUAUAGAGCCUGUCCAGUUUGCAGAUUGGGCAGCGCCAAUCGUAUCAAUCGUUAAGGAUGAUAAGUCGAUAAGAAUUUGUACGUGGGGAUUAUAAAGUAACUGUCAACCAAGCUGCAAAGUUAGACAAUUACCCGAUUCGCAAGGCAGAAGAUCUUUUUGCCACUUUAAGUGGUGGAGAGAAAUUCACCAAGCUGGACAUGAGUCAAGCCUAUCAACAAAUCUUAUUGGAUGAUGAAUAAAAAAUAUAUACUACAAUCAACACACACAAAGGACUUUUUCAGUACAAUCGGUUGCCAUAUGGAGUGUCGUCGUCCCCUAGGAUUUUUCAGCCUACUGUGGAAAACCUACUGUAGGGGAUUCUUUUUGUAGUUCUGCGAGUGGAUGAUAUUUUGGUUUCUGGUUCGAAUGAUGAGGAACAUGUAGCAAAUUUAGAAGAGGUUCUAAAACGGUUGUCAGACCAUGGGUUACGCCUAAAGAAGAAGAACUGCGCCUUCAUGGUGAACGAGGUGAUGUAUUUAGGCCAGAAGAUAAAUAGCCAAGGAAUGCAACCAAUCCAAGAGAAAAUCAGAGCCAUCACCGAUGCAACGGCACCGAUGAAUGUGUCUGAAGUGCGAUCAUACAUGGGAAUGAUCAACUAUUACCAAAAGUAUUUACCAAAUUUAUAA